AUGUCGACAGCCAAAUCUAUCUCUGUAGCAGAUCCUUCCGUCCAGACGCAAGCGCCAUCGCUCAGUCGAAGUUCAGCGUUCGGGAAUGAAACUGUCCCCAGACAUUUCUGGUUUUCGGAAAACAAGGAGGUGAAAAUCGAUGCGGACGGGUCUUUCUCGGUUGUCUACCACGAAGGUGACUCGGAAUGCACCUUGAUGACCGUUGAGAAACAAGGAGAUGAGAGGGUUGUGAAGACGCCUCAUUCCAAGAAAGACGCCAUGUUAGUACUCGGUAGAACCGGAGGGGAGUUGGAUAUGCCCGUGAAGGCGAUCGAACACUUGCAUGACGCAGGAAAAGCUAUCAAGCGAGGUGUGCGGCGCGACAUUCGAGAGGCGCCUGCAGCUUCUUCGUUCUGGAAUAGGUAUAAACAGGCGAGCGAAAAAAAAGUGAAAACAGAUGAGGAACUGCGAACACGAUCAAUACUCAAACCGAACUCUAACCAGCCUACAUACUCCAGGUUUAGAAGCACAAUCAUGGCCUCCGAAAAGGCUGACGCCCUUACGCUCGACGUCUCGGAAUCUUCUUUCGGUGAUACUCGCUGGGCAGAUAAACAAACCCUUGACAACGAGGCAUCCACUCAAGACCAUCUGAAGUUCCGGUUCGAAGGAACGGACGAAUCUAUCGCUCUGUCCUUUCGACCCGGGAGUGUAAGGGUCAAAUCGACCUUCACUGAGUAUGUAACUCAGAGACUACUCGGGGAAGCUUCCGACAUGACUGACGAGCAGAGAGUCAAAGCUCAACAAGCGAAAUUGGUUCUCGACAAGGAACUCCAGCAACGACAAUGUAAAACAGUCAUUGAGAGGUUCCGAGGCCUCGCAGCAAAGGAUGAGCUAAACUCUGGGGAGCGGAGAAUCUUUGAGGUUAUAGAGCGCGGCAAUUUCAACAUAAAUAGCGACGACGCGAAUCGCUUGGCUCAAGCUAUUGAUCGGUGCCAUAUUGUGACGAACAGGCGCAACUUGAAACUGCUUGUCCAGAUGGUCCAAAAUGAAAAAGCUCAAGGCAAGACAGCCUGA